GCAGUGUCGUAUAAAAGCCGAGUCACUGUUAGGGAACAGUGGACUUUGCGAUCAGCAGUGAGUUGGAGAUGAAGAGAGGAAAGAAUGAAAAGUCCAAACUCAACUCCUCUCAGGAGGAUGGAGUCCAGACUAACCAGUACAGCUCUAUCUCUCCUCCGGCCUCCCUAGUGGCCCAGGAUGAACCCUUCUCCACAUAUUUUGAAGACAAGGUGGCCAUUCCCGAGAAUGUCAGCCAGGUGUUCAGUUUCCGUAAGCUCUGGGCCUUCACCGGACCAGGGUUUCUGAUGAGCAUUGCUUACUUGGAUCCAGGGAACAUUGAGUCUGACCUGCAGUCUGGAGCUACAGCUAGCUUUAAGCUCCUAUGGGUGCUCCUUGGAGCCACUGUCAUUGGGCUGCUGUUGCAGAGGUUAGCUGCACGCCUCGGGGUCGUCACUGGGAUGCACCUGGCUGAAGUCUGCAACCGCCAAUAUCCCACGGUUCCUCGGAUCAUCCUGUGGCUGAUGGUGGAGCUGGCAAUUAUUGGCUCAGACAUCCAGGAGGUCAUUGGCUGUGCCAUAGCGUUCAACCUUCUCUCUGUGGGCAGGAUUCCACUGUGGGCAGGAGUCCUCAUCACCAUCACAGACACAUUUGUGUUCCUCUUUCUAGACAAAUACGGCCUGAGGAAACUUGAAGCUUUCUUUGGCUUCCUCAUCACCGUAAUGGCUCUGAGCUUUGGUUACGAGUAUGUGCUGGUAAGUCCAGACCAAGGAGAGCUGCUGAAGGGGAUGUUCUUGCCGUACUGUGCCGGCUGUGGGCUUCCGCAGUUGGAGCAGGCGGUGGGAAUCGUAGGCGCCGUCAUCAUGCCCCACAACAUCUACCUGCACUCAGCGCUGGUCAAGUCUCGGGACAUCGAUCGCAAAAAUAAGAAAGAAGUAAAGGAAGCCAACAAGUACUACUUCAUCGAGUCAGCUGUCGCUCUCUUCGUCUCCUUCCUCAUCAACGUCUUUGUCGUAGCAGUCUUUGCUCAGGCCUUCUACGGGAAAACCAAUAUUGAAAUGAAUCAGGAGUGCAAUGCAACCGGCAGCCCUCACUCAGAUCUCUUCCCUCUCAACAACGGCACACUGGAGGUGGACAUCUACAAAGGGGGAGUGGUCCUGGGCUGUGUCUUUGGGCCUGCAGCCCUCUACAUCUGGGCAAUAGGGAUCCUGGCAGCUGGACAGAGUUCCACCAUGACAGGCACUUACUCUGGGCAGUUUGUCAUGGAGGGUUUCCUGAACCUACGAUGGUCCCGUUUUGCUCGGGUGUUGCUGACCCGCUCCCUCGCCAUCUUACCUACACUGCUGGUAGCCAUUUUUCAGGAUGUUCAGCAUCUGACCGGGAUGAACGACUUCCUCAACGUGCUUCAAAGCAUACUGCUACCAUUUGCAUUGAUCCCAAUUCUGACCUUUACCAGUCUGACAUCCAUCAUGAACGACUUUGCAAACGGAAUGGUGUGGAAGAUUUCCGGAGGCAUCGUCAUCCUGUUGGUUUGUGCAAUCAACAUGUACUUUGUGGUGGUUUACGUGACGGCGCUGAACAGUGUGCUGCUCUAUGUUUUCGCUGCUCUGCUCUCCAUAGCCUAUCUGUGCUUUGUAGGCUACCUGGCAUGGCACUGUUUGGUUGCCUUGGGAGUUUCCUGCCUGGACUUUGGCAGCAGGGUAAGCAAUCGACCUGCUGUGCUCAUAGAGGAGCAGUCUGAGUACGACUCCUAGAGCCAAACAGGACAGUAACCACCAGCAUUCCUCUUUCCUCUUGGACACACUGAGCCCUGUACACAACCAAGACUUUUCUAGAUCAUGUAGGAUCUUGAAAGCACAUUUACUGCUAAUGUCACGUGUUUAUUUUGUGUCGGGCUGGGUAUCAGAAUUUGGUGCUAUUUAGGUACCCAAUGAACCAAAUUGAUAGUAAACCAGCACAGAAAAUUCAAGGCCAGUGUUUGAUGAUUACGAAGACUUCUAGGAAAUGUAUAUACAUAAUUUGGCAAGUCAAUUAGUGUUACAAUCCUCAAAGGCAAUAUCUAUAUUCACCUCUGCUUGUAAAGUAGCAUACUGUGACAUGAGUGGUUUAUACAACAUGUAACUCUAUUGAUUAAUAACCCAAUGAUCUAUAUCUUUAAACCAGAUUUUCCAUUUUUAUAAAAUUCUAUCUACACUUUAAAAAAGGAAAUAGCAACUCAGCUUGUAUUUUCACCACAUCUUAGUGAAAGACAUUCCCGAUAACUGGGUAAUACAUCACAGUAAUAAGAUGUAAAACUGGGGUAAUAAGGUGAUAAGAAGGUAACAGAUGUAAUAACUAGGAAAGGGUUCAAUGAUACCAUAUGUAUAUCUGGGUAAUGGUAAUAUAGUUAUAUUAAUAUUGUAAUAACAUGAUAAUAAUGGGGUAAUAUAUGUUGUUUUCACAGUAUUAUAAGCUACUAUCAGUGUAAUACCUUCCAAAUUAGAUAAAACUUCUUGAAUUUAAAAUUGGUAAUUACCAUAUUAUAAUUCAUCCACCCUUUAUGUUCCAUGUAUUUCCCUUUUUUUUCAAGGUAAUACUUUACAAAUGAUAUGUUUUAUCUUGUGACUUCUUACCUGGAAAUGCUUCUGGUAGUUUUGUGUGUAACAACCAUGAAUCAGCAGUGCAAAAUGCAUUUAUUCUAUUUUAUUACAUGGUAAUAUUAGAAUAUAGAGGUGCGGAGAUUACCUGGAAAUGCUUCUGGUAGUUUCCAGGUAAUCUCUGCACCUCUGUUAUUCUAAUAUUAUCAUGAAAUGUGUCUUGUCCUGUAUACAUGUAAGUUGUAACCCUGUGCAAUCUGACGAGCAGCUAAACACCUUCCACCAUCAAGCACUGGAGACUGGGAUCGUCAUGACUCUGUUUAUUUGACUUAGAAAGGGUGAAACUGGGAAAUGAAAUACAAUGACCAAUUACUUACACAUUGAUGAGUCACAAACAUUAUACAAUGACAAUUGUAAAAACAAUAUAACUACACAUCAAUGUAAUGCGGUAGUAUACACAGUAGCAAACAUGUAAGAUGAAAUAAAGAUAAUACAUAUAUGAUGAAGGAAGAUAA